GCACCGCAAAAGUCCAUGGCGACAGUUCAUGUUUUACGGUGGUGUCGUAUAAAGGGCAGGAUGCACAAAAGGCGGGUGAUAACUACCUUUUCAACUAGGGGGAAUCUCAUAUGAAUGGGACUCUUCAGGCAUGGAAAAAGGACUUUCGAAAGUUCUAUGAGACCACGUAUGUCUGUUUUUGCUGUUUGAGGAGCAUUGACCGAGCGGAUAGCAGAAAUACAAUGAAGAUGCAAUUGUUUGGGAUCAACCGCUCGAGUGUUCCUCUGCUGAUAUUUCACAGAGAGCUUCUGCCUCUUGCCCAUUUCUGGGAUGGGCUUGGAGAUUUCGGGCGAAGUUAUGCCUGUACGUUGGCUCGGCGUGUAUGGAAAUGUAGAGAAUCUGAGCUGUGGAUAGAUCCCGUGCAAGGAACUUUGAUUCGUGGAGUGCAGGGGCCCGAUCACGAUAUAUAUCAUUUUAGCUUGCCUGCUGUCACGUUGCCAUCAAGCGUCGAACUGCUUCUCCAGGAAGACGUUUGCUUCCGCUACUUCUCUCGGCUCCCAUUGGACAAGGAAUUCGACAAACGCGCCAUUGACGUGCUCCACUUUGCGUUCGGUAUACUUGGAGAAGAGAUACCUCCGAUUAUCAGUCGACCCUACGUCCUUUCUACCAAGACGAAUUCCAUAAUCGCAGUCGGAAGUGCAGCUGCCUGGUAUGGAUAUGACGGGUGCCUCGACGGCCGAGUCGUUAUGCCAGAUGGAAAAACAAGAUUCACUCUUACAGAUGAAGGCUCAGAUUUGAAGUUAUACUCAUUUGGCAACACGCAUGCCUGGAUGUCGCAGGCUUCGAGUGUAUUUCACCGACUCGGAAUCUCGUUGGAUGACAAUUUGUCCUCCUAUGAAUUCGUCUUGCCAUCGAUUUGCUUUACGGGAUCAAUUGAAGACUCACAACGACGCUUGGAGGAUCAACCCAUAUAUUUCUUCCUCCAUCCAGUACCCGAACAUGGCGUGCCCACCCACACCUGGUCUUACGACGAAAAUGGAGAAAUACCCAUCCCGCGCCAUCAGUGCAAAGACCUUGGUCUACCCACUGAGCUUAGCACGAAACACGUGUCACGCCGCACACGCCGCACACACCGAUGGCCUAGCAAGACGUACAAAUACAUCCACAAGUGGCAGAUUGCAAGAGGUUUCGAUCCAACUACCACCGACUUCGCACGUUACCUCGAAUAUCCCAUAUAUGAAGUUAGGCCAUCAGAAUCAGGCCGGUUUGAAGAGCUGUGUGCUGCAGAUGCCUCCGAAGCACCACAUUUCACAGGUCCUUCUCUCACUGUUAUGCUUUCUGAUUAUUACUCUGUCAGCCGUGAUUGGUUCAAUCUGGUCAGCAAUCACAGCUCCCCUCACUUACGCCGCCGAUGAAGAUUCAGAAAUUUCUGCGGCAUUGAUGUAGUCGCUGGUCAGAGCGAUGCAGCAGCUUGCGUCAUAAAUUCUAAAGGCC